GAUUUUAUACAUUAAUGGUCUCAAAUAAAAGAGGAGUGCUGUGUUUGUGCAUCACUUCUUUCAAGAAAGUUAAGUCUGUGUUCUGCUUAGGAGAGAUAACACUUUUUGUCCCUGUAGGUGGCCCCCUGGUGUAGCCAUUAGUUGCUAAUUACUUGCAAACAAAUAAACAAUUAACUCCUUAAGCUGCUGGCUGGGCAAGUGUUCAUUGACUUGCUAAAACUUUCUAAAACAGGAUUUUAAUUAGUGACGUUGGAAACCCAGCCCCCUAGCCAGCAAAGCUACAAGGUGAACUGCUGGAAGAUCCCGGCUUUGCACACGUGGGGCAGGAGCCCUCCAGCUCUGUACGACCCAGAAGAGGAUGUCUCCCAGCCUUCGGGAAGGUGCUCAGCUCCGGGAAAGCAAACCCUCACCCUGCUCCUUCUCAAUUGAGAGCAUUUUAGGACUGGACCAGAAAAAAGAUUGCGCAACGUCAGUAAGACCCCACAGACCCUGGACAGACACCUGCGGCGACUCAGAGAAAGAUGGUAACCCACGUCUACAUGCCCCAGGUCUUCCCAGUGAGACUUCAUUUCCUUGCCCAGUGGAUCACCCAAUGCCAGAAGAAAGGGUUCCCAAAUAUGAAAAUUACUUUUCAGCCUCAGAAACACACUCUUUGAAAAGAGAGUUGAGUUGGUACAGAGGACGAAGGCCAAGAACCGCUUUUACACAGAACCAGAUCGAAGUACUGGAAAAUGUCUUCAGAAUGAACUGCUAUCCUGGCAUUGAUAUCAGAGAGGACCUAGCUCAAAAGCUGAAUUUAGAGGAGGACAGAAUCCAGAUUUGGUUCCAAAAUCGUCGAGCAAAGCUGAAACGGUCCCGGAGAGAAUCACAGUUUCUAAUGGCAAAAAAGCCCUUCAACCCAGAUCUUCUGAAAUAGGUAGAAAAUUAUACAUGUGGGCUUCUCUUCCAGGUGUAGAACACAAGAAAUCUAUGGAAAUACCACGUACUUAAAAUGUUAUGGUUUCUCUCCUGUGCCUAAUCCGGAUAUUGUCAUUCUUUGUGAAAAUAUUGCAAAUAAUUAUGAUUCUAGCACAGUACAUAUUAUAUCUGGACCUUUUUAGUUAUAAUGAAAACCCCUUUCCUAUAUAUUUUUAAUAAACAUUCUCAG